AUGCAAGCGAGGACGAACGAGUUCGCCGAGCCCGAGUACGUGCCCGAGCUUAAUCAACCCCUCCCUCCCCGUCUUCUCCCUCCCAUAGCUCCAGCUUGUGUCUACCGCAAGCCCGGACCGUUAGACCAUGCCCGACGAGUCCUCAGCUCCGGCCAGCCCGGUACUGAAUCCCUCGCCCACCCCGUCCCCUCCGGAUCUCCAGCGCUCGAUGCCAACGCCGAAGAUAGUGCCUCCGACACUGCCACGCCACCACUCCAACGUCGAGAAUCGCGCUCACGCCUCUUGCCCCUCAUCUUCAUCUUCGCGUGCUGGCUUAUCUUCUUCCCCGACAAUCCUUCCGACCUCAUCGCUGCCCCGGAGCUAGCGGCCUCCCGUUUGCGUCAUCAGCUUGACGCCCUCGACGUGCUCAACUCGACAAAAUGGGGCGACUUCGCCCCUCAGCAGCCCCUCCUGCCUCUGAGGAUGGAAAUGGCGUCGUCCCCGCAUAUUCCCCCAGUCGACGGUAGGGAUCUCUGGCUCGACGGUCGCGCUGAGCCCGUGUGGCAAAACGCCUCGGGCCGCGUCCAUGGCCCCUGGUCUCGCCGUGACGCCUCGGUCAAGCGAUUGGCUACGAGCUAUAACCUAACUGCCGUUACGCCGGGGAUAGAGUGGUCCGCCCCGGAUUUGCCUUGGGGGAGGAACGCAACAGGAUCGCAGGGCCAGAUGAAGAUGCGCAUCCGCGACAAGGCCAACCUCGACGCCCGCGAUGGGUUUGAUGCUGACCCAAUCUACGGCGCUGGCGCCGUCCGCGCUGAAAUCACCAUCGAAGACACUGACGGCUCCGGCCGGACCUGGGAUAUGCGGUUACACGGCGUCCACUGGAAGCGCCAGGGCGCCCUGCUGCUCACAACGACGAGUGAAAAGUUUGACGGCAUCUUCGCGCUGCCCCACCUCGUACCGAGCCCGCGCUUCUUCGAGUCGAGCAGAGCCCUUCUGAACCGAACCAUCGCCGACCGCCUGCGCCAAAGCGCCCGCUACCUUUCCUUCGACGCUAGGAUACCCUGGACCUCGGACAUUGACGACGUCGACAUCUACGCCCCGAACCCCAAUUGCGAGUACGUCAUGUACGCCCAGAUCAUGCCCUUGGACCGCGCCAAGCUCGACCUCUCCCACUUGGACCCGGAGAACGAAUCCAUCAGCACCAUCAUUCUCGACAUUGAGCGCGAGCUGACCCACCCGCUCGGCGCACCAAUUCGUGGAGUCCCUCCCUUGCAGCUCGCCGCUGUCGUUUUCUCCCCAGACUGCGCCUUCUUCCUCGACAGUAAAGGCCCACCCGCCUACCCCCAGGCCGAUGGCCACCACCUCCUAGGCAUGAAAGCUGAGAUCUACCGCUCCACUCUCAACACCUGCCUGCUAAUCUACGCCCUCCUAUUUGCCGGCCAAGUACUGCUCCUCAAGCAACAAAUUCGCGAGACGUGCACCCCUUCCACCAUGGGCCGUGUCAGUUUCUAUACCGGCGUCAUCAUGCUCACGGCCGACUUCCUCGUUGUGACGGCCGUCACCGCCUUCCUGCUCUCCUCCGAGUCCUCCCUGCAGUCCCUCACCCUCAUGUUUGCUGCCUUCAUCUCUAUGUUUGUCGGCGGCACCUUCCUCUUCCAGAUUUUUGAGGUUCAGCAGCAGGAGUGGGUUCGACGGGCGACUCGCGAGGCUGCUGUCGCGGCCCGCAAUACUGGCGCCGGGACACCGGCCCCAACCACAAACGCAAACACAACCAUGGAUGCGAAGCCUUCGCCGUCCAACAAUUCCGACUCCGAAUCAGACCCGGACCCGACGGAACGCGAUCGCCUCCUCUCACCUCCCGCACAAGCAAGUGGCGAACGCCGCAUCUGCCGUGCCAACAGCCACCACCGCCACGGGAGGCCCUUCCCCGCCUCAGUGCCCAGCUUCUCCUCCGUCGUCGCCCGCAUCGCCCUCGCGGCCUCAUGCCUCUUCUUCCUCCUCGUCGCUUCUACGACUUGGCCCCCUGCCGCACGGUCCACCCUCGCCAAUUUCGCCGCCUUCUCUUAUCUCUCCCUGUGGCUGCCCCAAAUUAUCCGCAACGUGCGCCGUAACUGCCGCCGCGCCCUUUCCUGGCGCUUCACCGCCGGGCAGUCCGUCCUUCGCCUGGUCCCUCUUGCCUAUCUCUAUUGCCGGCCCGACAACAUUCUCCUCGUCCGCACCGACGCCCGGGCCUUCGCCGCCCUCGCCGGUUGGGUCUGGCUACAGCUCUGCAUCCUCGCCGCCCAGGACCUCCUCGGCCCUCGCUUCGGCCUCCCUGCCUCCUGGACCCCAGACGCCUGGGACUACCACCCGGUCCUGCGCGAGGACUCUCUUGAGGCAGCUAACAAGCUGCCCCUCGCCCUUGCUGAGUCGGCCCCUGCCCCCGGCGACCCUCCUGGAGUCCGCUCCGUCGAUUGCGCCAUUUGUCGCGAGGUCCUCCAUCUCCCCGUUCUCCCCUCCGCCACUACCGCCGCUACCCCUUCCUCUACUUCCUCGCCUUCUUCUCCUAAACCAACUCUGUCCUCUUCCUCAUUCGCCGCCGCGGCCGCGCAAUCCGUCCCACUAUCAGAUGACACAACUGCUGCCGUGGCCGCCGUCCUCGGGACAAGCGGGUACAUGGUCACGCCCUGUCGUCACGUUUUCCACAGUCCUUGCCUCGAAGGCUGGAUGCGAUUCCGUCUGCAGUGCCCUAUUUGCAGGGAGGACCUUCCUCCCUUGUAA